AUGUCCUCUUUCAGACUGAGGCUCCUCUACGAGCAUAGCCUGCACGAAACAUUACUCAUGUGUGCAUCCCCAGAACUUAGCACACGCUUCACACACACUGGGCGUUCAGUCAACAUUUCCAAUAUAAGUGAAUAUGAGUAUGGAAAUACAGUGCAGCCCCACGGCCUGGCGUCCGGAGAGAAGAGGCCGUCCGCGCGAGGCCUGGACAGCCCGGCCCUGAUCCGGAGCAUGCUGCUGUCCAACCCCCACGACCUGUCGCUGCUCAAGGAGCGCAACCAGCCCCUGGCCGAGGCCCUGCUCAGCGGGAACCUCGAGACCUUCUCUCAGGUCCUCAUGGGGCAGCAGAGGGAGAGGGCCCUGCGAGAGCAGGAGCGGCUGCGUCUCUUCGCCGCCGACCCCUUUGAUCUGGAAGCCCAGGCCAAAAUAGAAGAAGAAAUCCGGCAGCAGAACAUUGAGGAAAACAUGAGCAUCGCGAUGGAAGAGGCUCCGGAGAGUUUCGGGCAGGUGACCAUGCUCUACAUCAACUGCAAAGUGAAUGGACACCCUCUGAAGGCUUUCGUGGACUCCGGUGCCCAGAUGACCAUUGUGAGCCAAGCUUGUGCCGAGAGAUGUAACAUCAUACGGCUGGUGGACCGCCGCUGGGCUGGCAUCGCCAAAGGGGUGGGCACGCAGAGAAUUAUUGGCCGGGUCCAUCUAGCCCAGAUUCAGAUCGAAGGCGACUUCCUCCAGUGCUCGUUCUCUAUCCUGGAGGAGCAACCCAUGGACAUGCUUCUAGGACUGGACAUGCUCAGGAGACACCAGUGUUCCAUCGACCUGAAGAAAAACGUGCUGGUGAUCGGCACCACGGGCACGCAGACUCACUUUCUUCCUGAGGGGGAGUUACCGCCGUGUGCCAAGCUGGUGUGCGGUGCCGGGCAAGAAGACUCUCCAGACAAGGAAGUAGCGGAUACUAUUAAGCAUUUGGUCAAGGAUUUAGGACGGAAAAAGCGUUGA